AUGGAUCCACCCACCUUGGAAACACCGCCAGUAAUUCGACCGCUACCACCAGUCCUACAGGAGGUGGCCAUUUGUGAACUAAAUGAAAAACCCGAACUAAUACACGAAGAUGUUUUGGCAUUUCGUAAAUGGAUACACAGUCAGCGGCAUUUGAAGGCACGAACUAAUGAUCAAUUUUUAUUGGCAUUUUUACGUGGCUCUAAAUACAGUAUGGAAAGGGCUAAGCAAAAGCUGGAUCGUUAUUACACUCUGAAGGCGGCCAUACCGGAGGUAUUUAACGAAGGGCGUUCAGUGGAUAAUCCACAAGUAUUGGAGAUACUAAGGCAGGGCAUCAUUUUACAAAUUCCCCUGCCGGAAGAUGAUCGCCGGCCAUGUGUAACCAUUAUUAGAGCCACCGCAUAUGAUAUUAAUAAAUAUAAAUUUUCCGAUAUUAUACGCGUUGGUUCUAUGUUCGGUGAGAUCAUGAUGAUUGAAGAUGAUCGUUCCACGGUUUGUGGCUUUUUGGAAAUUAUGGAUAUGGUCGGUGUUACUGGUGCCCAUUUGUUUCAUUUGCAACCGGAUAUCUUGCGUAAAUUCUCCGUAUUUGCCGAUGAGGCAAUGCCAAUGCGACAAAAGGGCACAUGUUUCAUUAAUGUACCAGGUCCAUUCGAGAAGGGUUUCAAUACGCUGAAGGGAUUCUUUCCGGAGAAAAUGAAGACAAGGAUAAACGUCAGUGCCAAUCAUGAUGUUAUCUAUGAUCUAGUCCCUCGAGAAUGUCUCCCUGUGGAAUAUGGUGGCACAAAUGGUACCAUGCAGGAUAUUAUCGAAAGAAUGGAAGAAAAAUUACUGAGAUAUCGUGAAUACUUUCUGCAAGAACCCAAUUAUGGUACAGAUGAAAAAUUACGUAAAAUUGAUAGAGCCUAUAGUGUUGAUAGUGCCUUUGGCACGGAUGGCUAUUUUAGAAAAUUGGAAUUUGAUUGAA